AUGUCUCUCAGCGGCAAGGAUGUCCAACGUGAUGGCUUUAUCUACGGGCUUGAAGGCUUCCGAGCAUACCCCGGUCCGAUGAAACGAAUCGAGGGCCCUCAGCUCCGGCUCAUGUUUUUGCCAAAAUUGACGUACCAAGCGCAGAGUCUGUUCAGAAGCAAUCCAGGUCUCGUCCGCUCCCAAUUGAGACACUAUGGAGUCCAAUUUGAUGAGAAUAACUUCGCCGGUAGGGGAACUGUUCUGUUGAAGAAAGUCCUCGAACAAGGACAAUGCGACCAAGUCCCUCUCUCCAUUACCUUGCUACAAGAUGAGAUGCUUCAGGAAUGGCUACAUCAAUUUACCGAUGCCCAACUGUCUGAUCGUCCUGACUUGAUGAUGGAGAAAUACUUCUCGUCCCAAGGCCAGCCUAACCAUACCAAAUUCGGCGCUGGCGAUGUACUUGAGGUUCCAUUUGACGGGAGCAAUCCCAUUCUUCCUUCUCAAAUGAUGCACGCUGCGAGCCAGCUGAUCGGCCUAGGCUAUCAACAAACUCCUCUGGGACCUCCCCACGUAUUUAUGGGCUGGGACACUGACGCUGUGGCGGAUGCAUCGCGUCAAUAUGCCCUUCGGGAGUAUGAGAAGAUUCAAGAUGUGAACAGGAUAACGAUUCAGCGUGACAUGGCAGUCCAGGAACUUGCCGAUCGUGAGGAAGAGUGGAUUAAAAAAGAGAAGAUCGACAAAGAGAUCGACAAACUUGUGCUUGCCCGUCGACGAGAGUAUGAACAAUAUCUCCGUGAAAGGGAGGAACAGAAACUUCGAGAAGAGAAUGAGCUAAGAGCUAAUCGGGAAGAGGCACUCCGUGAAAACGAGAAGCAGCGGAUUGACCAGGAGAUCCAGCUUGAAGAGCAGGACCAGCUUGAAGAGCAGAUGCAGUUUGAAGAGCAGAUCCAGCUCGAAGAGCAGAUGCAGUUUGAAAUGCAGAACCAGUUUGAAGAGGAGAAACACGAGACAGCCAUGCUCGAGGAAUGA